GGUGGAACUCCGGCGGUGCUCCAUGCUGGUUAGCGGUAGCGGCAGUAGGGCUAGCUGAGCUAUCGGAGCAGGAUGGCGGUGGCGGUGCGGAAUCUGCAGGAUCAGCUGGAGAAGGCAAAGGAGAGCCUGAAGAGUGUGGACGAGAACAUACGGAAACUCACUGGCAGAGACCCCAACGAGCUACGGCCGGGUCAGACCAGGCGUUUGUCCAUCACAGGCCCAGGUGGAGGUAGGGGGCGUGGCAUCGGUAUACUGAGGCGUGGACUCUCUGAUGGCGGUGGAGGACCGCCAGCCAAACAGAGGGACAUCGAGGGGGCACUCUUGAGGCUGGCGGGGGAUCAGAGAGCCAGGAGAGAUUCACGCCAUGACAGCGACGCUGAGGAUGAUGACGAUGUCAAAAAACCGGCGUUGCAGUCAUCAGUAGUAGCUACCUCCAAGGAGCGAACGCGCCGAGAUCUGAUCCAAGAUCAGACCAUGGACGAGAAGGGCAAACAGAGGAAUCGGCGCAUGUUUGGCCUGCUGAUGGGAACUCUGCAGAAAUUUAAACAGGAGUCCACUGUGUCCACAGACCGGCUGAAGCGACGGCAGGAGAUCGAGCAGAAGCUGGAGGUGCAGGCGGAGCAGGAACGUAAGAAGGUGGAGAGCGAGAGGAGGGAGCUGUUUGAGGAGAGACGGGCGAAGCAGACCGAGCUCAGGCUUCUGGAGCAUAAAGUGGAGCUCGCUCAGCUGCAAGAGGAGUGGAACGCUCACAACUCCAAAAUCAUAAAGUUCAUUCGCACCAAGACCAAGCCACCCAUCUUCUACCUGCCGGGUCGCAUGUGCUCAGCCACUCAGAAGCUCCUGGAUGAGUCCCAGAAAAAAAUGAACGCCGUGUUUGACGAGAGGCGUGAAGCUUUCGCCGAGCACCUGAACAAGAUGGAGGCUCGGCCCAGGCGUCAGCCCCAGCGGGCUGCGGAGAGGGGGGCGGAGGAGGCCGGCCGGGCCGAAGAAACGAAGAAGGAAGAUGGAGAGGAGGAGGAGGGUAAGCAGAGAGUAAGGCUGACAGGUAAACGACACGCUGUGGAGAUGGAGGAGGAUGAGGAUGAGGAGGAUGAGGAAGAGGUGGGGGAGGAGGAGAAGGAGCAGAAGCAGCGAGAGGAGGAUAGGGAGGAGAGGGAGGUGGAGAUGGAGGAUGAGGGGGAGCGGGAGAAGGGCAAGGAUAAGGAGGAGGAAGAGGAGGAGAGUAAAGCAGAAAGAGAUGAUGAGAAUAAUGAGGAAGAGCAGGAACAGUCUUCAGCAGCACCAGUGGUAGUGGUGGAGGAGGAGAAAGAUGAUAAGGAGGAAGAGGAGAAAAUGGAAGUUACAGAAGCAGCAGCAGUAAGGGUGCAGGAGGAGAAUGAGGAUGAUGAUGAGGAUAAAGAUGAAGAGCAGGAGAUAGCUGGGGGUCAGGCAGUGCAGAUCCAGGAUCAGGAGAAGAGCCCAGAGGCAGGAGUAGUAGUAGAAGAAGAGAAAGAGGUAGGUAGUGAGAGCAGGAAGCAAGAAGUAGAGAAGGAAAACCAUCAGGAGAGCAUCGCCCAAGAGUCCCAGGAAGCCUCUGAAAGCAUCAUGGACGUCCAACCUCAGUCUGAAGAACCUUUCGGAUCUUCCAAACCUUCCGAACCUUCAGAACCAACUGCAAUGGAGCAGCAAAGCAGCACCUUUGAAACGGAUAGCGCCAUGGAGCUCCAAAAAUCAAGGCCAGAAAAAGAAUCCCCAACUGAACCACCACUAAUGCCCCAACCUCAGGAGCUCAAAACCAGCCCCAACAAGGAGGUGGAGGAGACGGAGCAAGGCGAGGAACAGCGCGGCCGCAGCGGCGGCAAAGCCCGUCCGAAACGCAGCCGGAGCCGAAACCGGAGCAGCUCCAGCUCCUCCAGCAGCUCCUCGUCGUCCACCAGCUCCAGCGGCUCCAGCUCGUCUUCCAGCGGCUCCAGCAGCCGCAGCAGCUCCUCCGCCUCGUCUUCCUCGUCCUCCAGCUCGCGCAGCCGCGACAGAGACACCGGCCACUCCAGGCGCCGCAGGAACUCCGACCGCGAGCGCAAGAAGGGAGAGAGAGGCGGCGAGAGAGGCAGCGGAGGGCACAAGUCCUCCAAAAGUGGCGGCAGUGGCGGGCGCGAGAGCAAGGGCUCCAAGGAUAAGAGCUCAAAGUCGGACAGGAAACGGACGAGCUCGGAAGGGAGCCGGGCGGGAAAGAGGUCGUCGCGUGGCGACCGGAGCGAACGCAGCGACCGCGAUCGGGAUCGCAAAUCCGAUAGAAAAGAAAAGAGGCGCUAGUUCUGGAAAGCAUGGAAAACUUGCUCUGUUUUUCUCUGUGUUUUUUUUAUUUUGGCAAAAAAACAAGGCCAGGUUGUUAAAAAUAAAAAAGCGCUCUUUUUUGAAAUUCGCAGACACUCAAAAUGGCUUUUAAAUUGGAAUUCUUAUCCUAGUCUUCGUUUUUUCUUUUUGGUUUUGAUUUGUAUUAAAACCUCCUGUCUGGUAUUUUCCUGAGUUAAAACACCUGUAUAUUUUUUAGCUUUUCUACCAUCCGGUUUUAAGUAAA